CUUAUGUUUUCGUGCCUUGGAAAACAGCCGAAAUACUUUACUUUAAAGCAUUGAGGUUUUAAGGUUCUUGUACGGGUGUUGAGUGUACGUGGUUUAUUUAACGUUAAUGUGACUUAUAGAUUAGAACAACUAUGUCGCACCUUAAACGGAUGUCGAACGCUAGUCUCCUGUCUAGGCAGUUAGGAUUAACUCUUAACUAUACCGGUUCUCUGCUCGAGCGCACCGAGCAAGGCUUGGAGAAGGAAAUACGCAGGGAAAGCUUCGUCCCACCGCGGAAGAAUAAGAUUGCGAGAUUGCGCCAUGACGGGGAGCUAGUCCUUCACAGUAAGCAAGUGCUGAUGCUGAUCGUGGUGUUAAAUUUAGUGGAUUGUUGCCUCGUUCUCGGAGAGCUUAUUCUCGAUAUCCACUAUAUAAAAGGACUUCGCGACAAAACAGAAGAGCGGUCACAAAAGUUCGUCGACACGAUGGUCAAACGUUACCCGGAUGAUCUGAGCGACUUCUCGACGGACAACUUGGACGAUCUCUAUGCGCACCUGUACACGGCCGACUGCCGUUGGACUCCGCGCGUUGACGUUAUGUAUAUGCCUGGGGAUAACAUCACGUUAAUUAACGGCACGUUUCAGCCUGACGUUGGCGCUGGUAACGCGUCGCGAUUGAGGAAAAGUGCUGAUCACCCGACGCUCCCACCACACCCUACAGCCAGCAACAUCCUUCGUACUAUACCGGAAACGGUGUACGAAACCCGGCAACCCAGCCUCGAGUCCCACGGCACUCACGGCGGUUCCCACGGUACUGCGGGUCACUCGGUGUGGGAGGACGUGGCGCAUGGUCUUCACAAGGCUAGCAUCACCAUCCUCGGAAUCCUGUUCUUUGAGAGCAUCCUAAAGAUUAUUUGCAUGGGGAAAGAAUUCUUGUCCAAGAAAUUGGAGGUAUUCGAUACGAUUGUGGUGAUCGUUUCGUUCGUGGUAGACGUGGUGCUUCUAAGGGGCCUCACACACUACAAGGUGCAGGACGCUCUCCUCAUCCUUUCAUUCCUGUUGCCAUGGAGAGUCAUCCGAGUCGUCAACAGUCUGAUAGUGGCCGUGCUGGAUCACGAGCACUUCCGGCUGAAGAUGCUGUACAAGGAGAAGAAGAUGAUUUCAGCGCAACUUGAAAGGCUGGAGGAAACAGAAAAGCGAUGGGACUUUCACCUUCAGAAGAUUGAAUCGUUUUGCGAGAGCGAGGGCAUCCCGAAGUGGAAGAUCCGCCAACAUACUGCUCUGGGCAGGAAGCAGUCGACAAUUACCACAAUGGCGUCCCUGGCACUAUGUGGCAUGCUUCCGGGAAUCAUCAUGGGCCCGGCCGACAAAAAAAUGUUCAACCGCAUUUUUGAACAGAAUGCGAACGCGCAUGCAAAGAAUGACGCACCGAAGACAAAUAACGCCACGAUUAAAGCUCUCGUUUCGGCCACCGCCGGCUUAAAGCCAAUCAGGAUCAAUAAAAACCCUUCUGUGCCAGUAAUUAAUCUUGAUAUUAUUGACGAAAGCGUCAACUCCGAUGAUGAAGACUCGGUAGAUUUCCAGGAAUCAGUUACCGGAAGUGGCUUGAAUUUGAGCGUCAACGGCAAUAAUUUCUACAAGACGCCACGACAAUCCAUCCAAUCGGAUCCGGGUCACGGAGUUCUGAACCUUCCGAAAGGAAGUUUUGCUGCUCAAAAGCGCGUGUCGUUUGACCACAUGGAAAUUCGACCACUCUUGACUCAUCAGACAUCCGUGUGUUCGGAAUACACCGACGCGGUCGAGAAUGUAGAAACACAAAAUGACAAUAAUGUACCUGACCCCACACAUCCGGUAAAAUUUGACAAUGUGUAAAUGAUUAUAUCGGUGAAUUAUUCGAAUCAGUGCUCAGUGACGUUACCACGUGCUAUCACGAGUUGUGCUGACAACGUGACAACUCUAGGAUCACACUGGUCUAUGUUUCAUUUAAAACAUUACACGCUUGUUUCGGUUUGGAGCCCGUAUUAUAAAACAUGGUUCGACAAAUUCACUUGACGACACAUAAACUUAAUAACUCAUUUUAUUUACGACACGUUCGCACAGGCUAAUCAGGUACGACACUUUCCGCUUUUAUGGAAUUUUUCGUUUAAAGAAAGUCACUUCUUUAAGAAAAUACGGUCUAAAUACGGUCUAAUACGGUCUAAGCGUAAACUGUCGUUCAUGAUAAGCAUUUGCGGACUGCACAGGCUAAUCUGAUCCGGCUCUUUAUGCACAUGCAUUCAGGCCUGUUUUCCAAGAGCGCGGCGCAUUUGUUGAUUCUUUAAAAUUUAGUCGUAACUUGUUCUUGUCGUAAGAUAUUUUAUUAGACAGGGGCCUGCUAUUAAAUACAAAUUACCUUCGGUUGUCUGGUGGACACCCAUUGAACUCUGCUUUAGUCGCCGUUCAAACUGGUCAAACGUUAACGUCAAUGGUAAAGUAAAACUUUAGGAAUAUCCACAAAACGCUCGUACUUUUCACCAACGAGCAAAUACUGUAAAAUCAUUAAUAUUCGUUGGAAUAAAAUGUUGUGCAUGAAAAAUUACAAGUUCGUGGUAACGCAAAUUCGUUGAAUCCCCCCCCCCCGUUAAAAACAACAACAACAAACAAAUAAAACAAAAACAAAACAAAGAAUAAAACAACUAAUUGUUCGUUGCGAUUUUAAUUUGUGAACCGCUUAACCCACGAAAUUCAUGUCACAUUAUAAUGACGAUGUCACACGAAUAAUGACAAUGUAACAGGAAUAAUCACAAUAUCACACGAAUAUCACGAUGCCACACGAAUAAUCACGAUGUCUUACGAAUAAUCUCGAUGUCACACGAAUAAUCAUGAUGUCACAGAGUAAUGACGAUGUCAUACGAAUAAUUACGAUGCCACACGAAUAGUCACGAUGUCGCACACAUAAUCACGAUGUAACACAAAUAAUCACGAUGUCGCACGAAUAAUCACGAUGUCACAAGAAUAAUUAUAAUGCCACACGAAUAAUCACGAUGUCACUCGAAUAAUUACGAUGUCACACGAGUUAUCACGAUGUCACACGAGGAAUCACGAUGUCACACGAAUAAUCACGAUCGUGCAGAACCUAUUUAUGCAAACAAGUAAAAAAAUGUACCCUGCGUAUGUGUAGUUAGGUAAUUACUUAGGCACUCCUUUACUAAUAAUAAAAAAAAAUCAGAAUGAGCGUGUAACAUUAAAUUGUACGUGAGCACAAAUCAUAUACAGUAUUCUUCUUAAAAUACCCCCGCACAAACUAGCGUAUGUGAAGAACAACGCUUCAAGUGUUGUCAAGAGAUUUUGCGAAAUAAACGCAACAUUUCGCGCUAGCAGUCGCCUAUACGUAUAAAUUUCGUCACUUCCGGUGCAACGGCCGCUUAACGCUGCCAAAGGUUGUACAUACUCUGCAUCUCGUCGCACGUGUAGGAGUCGUACCUCGGCACGCAGUACCCGUGACGGUCACUCAGGAGGAAAUUCCCGCCGCCGGAAAGCCUGAUGCAGCAAAGAGGUCCGUUUGAUCCGCACUCCGUGUCGUGCGCGCAGCAAGGGUCUCGGUAGAAGACGCAAAUCUGCCCAAGCUUGAAGCAUUUCUUAUUAUGGAAGUCCGAUUCCAUGGAAUAUACGUCCAGUAUCUUAUAUUAAUACAAUUACUACAGAAAUAUUAAGCUAUUUGACCAUGAACACAUGUUGAUAAUUAAAGUAAAGAGUGACAAUGACAAUGACCACGGUACAUUUCGUGCCACGAAAAUUCAGGAGCACACACCGCCUAUGCUGACUUUAAAACCAAUCAGACAGACUGUCUUUGUUUGCAAGAUUGUUCACAUGAUUGUAUUGCUAUCUGCAAUGCUAUUGACCUUAAUGUGGACACACAAGCCUGGUAAAUACGGUUGAAAUUGUUAUCUUCUGUUAUCUGUUUUAUUUCCUAUCAAGUCCAAGUAUUUCCAAGCUCUGUUAUCU